CCCCAGCACUUCUAGGCAGAGGCCUGUCUUAUGCUCCACUUGGAGUUCAGCAUUAGUGGCCAAGUAAAUCUCAAGUAAAGAACCCAAGGUCAUAGUGAGUGAACACACACACUGAGCAAUUGCAUUGCAAGAACCAUUUCACCAUCAAGUGUAUUUACUGUAAAAUCAUCAAAGCUUAAAAUUCUUCGCUCCUCGGGUACACAGGCUCCACUCUCAGUGCCCUGGGAAUAGGUUUGGCAAUGUGCUCACGUGGUUAUAUGUUUUUUUUUACAAUUUUCAAAAGGAAGGUAUUUUAACAACAAUUGUUUCUUUCCUUUCAGACUCCCACCACAUCUUACCUCUUCUCAUACUGAGUGAGGUCAUUGGAGUAACCACAGAUAAGUGUGUGGUCUCACUUAAGGGAAAUGGAGUGGCCUUAUGUUUAUGUGAGAUCUGUCUAGGUGGCUUGAGGUCACUUUCAUGAACAGCUAAGUGACUGCUAGCCAUCCACACGUUGGAUGGGCUCCCAGAAAUACUCCCACUGUAGACAGUGGCAACUCAACCAGGCAUGGAGACAUGAAAGUGUCAGCUCAGGGAUGCUUUUACACUAGGAGCAUGUCCUACUGUCCCCGAUGCCAAAAAUACAGAGAUAGUAGACAGAAAACAAGGAGCAUAUGCCAGAAGCUAGUCUGCAGAGAAUUCUUCCUGUCACCAGAUAUGUGAAAUCACAAAUUCAAGAUUGGGUUCUCCCCUGGAAGGAAUUUAUUUGAUAAUGCAGCAUUGAAAAUAAUAACUACAUCAUGUGUUUUUUUUUCUUUUUGAAUGGGAAUCAAAUUAAAAAAGAACUACCCAAAUCCUUACAUUUGUAUAGGAAAAACCUGUAACAGUAUUAGAAGCUAUGAGUAUGCCUGUAGCAACCCAUACAUCAAAGAAAUUUUAUAGCGGUUUCCCACUAAAUUUGACAUCAACCUGGAAAAUGUCUAAGAUAUCAUCAGUAAAAGUUUGUGAAGCUGAAAAAAAAACAAUCACAAUAUUAUAAUAAGACUAAAUUAUCUUUCUAUUCCCUCUAGAGAAAAUGGUGCUACAGAGAAACAAAGAUUAUGGAGCCAAGAUGUAAGGGGAAAGCAUUGUGGAGGUGUAUUGGCAGUUGUUUUGUUAAAAAUAUCAUUUUUCUGGGAGUAUCAUGUUUGUGGUAUUUUUCAGCCAUUUCAUAGUUGAAAUGUGUUGUGAUUCCUUUUCUCCUUCGAAAUAAGUGAAUAUUCACACCUAAGCUAGAAUUUUCAAUUUUGUUUUUUUGUCUCUUAAAGAGGGUCUCCCAAAAUUGUAUGUACAUCUGACCCUAAAAACCUGGAUCAUCCCCAAAGAAAGAUGUCUGUGCCGAGUAGAAGCAAGGGGCUAGUUUAUAUCUUGCUUUAUUUAGGUCCAGGCCCAGCUAGCGAGAGGGGUUUCCUCCAAGUAUAGGCAGAGUUCAGCCCCAAAUGAAUGAAAAGUAAGUUCAUCUUCAGAGAACUAUAGAUAGUAUCAGAGGACAGGGAAGUCAGUAUUACAGAUGCCUCUUUUGGCCUCUGCUUUGCCCUAUCCCGCAAAGAUACAAGAUAAUAAGAACCCCAGUCAGGGUAGUGCUCCUUUCUUCAAGGGGAAUGGAAAAUCAUCUAAUCAAUUCAGUAGCUGCCAUCACAGCUGCGUACUGUUAAAAGUCCUGGAGGACUGACAGAUAUCGAACCAUUUUCCAAAGGCAAAGUUACCGCUAUUAUAUCAUAAUCUUAAAACCGCUCUAGAUCAUGAACCCCUUCCAAGUACCCUUACUGCCAUGCUUCCAUUGGUGCUCUUGGCAAAGUCCCUCCUGCCCACUCCCUCCCUAUUUACCCAUCUUAGUAACCCAAAGGAAGGGGACCUCUGAAUGAGAGUGCAGGUGACAUCCCAUGCCCUUCCUUCCCUAAAUAGCUAUCCAGUUAUUCUCAACCAGCAAAGACUGCCCUGGGGAGAGGCUGUAAAGUUAUUGUGAGCCCAGGAAACUUGAGGAAAUCUCCCAUUAUUGGGGAGAGUAAAAUAAUAAUGACUUUCACAUUUCGGCAAUGUAUGACUAUUUUAGUUUUUAAGAACUUUCCCCCAAAUCUUUUGAUUAUGUUUUUAACCUCAAAAGGAAAAGACAGAGGCUCUGGGAAACCAUGACCGUGAACAACGACUGAAAUCAGAGAGCCCCAUAUGCCUGCAGGCAUCUGCAGUCUGAACAUCUGAUUCAAUAGCCACAUAAUUAAUAUUGUCCGUUUGACAUGGCCAAACCCACUUGCUAAGAAUGAAUGCCUCUGGAUGACUUUUAGCAAAAUAUGAUAGAGCCUCAUUUCCAUGAUCACACUUAAUGCAAACCUUCCAGGACCUCGUUACUAACAUUUCCCUUUCUGCAGGCUGGUGUGUGUCCAUUAAGUGUCUCUUCCUCCCUGAUCCUCGUCAGCGUGUGGAACUUCCUGUCUCCAAGUAUCACUCACGCUUCCCGACUGCCCAGGGACGCCCUCCUGGCCCCUGCCCACCAUGAUCUACAACUCUCAAGAGUGUAUCUCACCUCUUUGAAACUUUUCUUUCAGCUUUCUUCUCCCCAUCUCUGUCUGUAGUAGAUUUAUAUCUAUGUGAUGUGUUGGAGAUUUAAGAUAUUGCUGUUCUAAAUUACUAUAUAAUAUUGUUCCGACUGUUUUUAUGCUCUACUAUAUUCAGACAUUUAUGUAAUAUGGCUAAAAAGAGACAAACUAUACAGCAAUAUAUAAAUAAAUCAAAAUUAACUUAAAACCAGAAACAAAGACAAAUCCACUUGGUACACACUCUAUUAGAAGUGAGAGGGGGGAGGGAGCAGGAAACGAGAAGAGGAAAGGGACAUGUUUUGGCAAUCAUGAACAGAAAUUUAGAGGAUGACAAGUCUUUUUUACUAUUUCAUGACAUUCCAUAACCCUUCCUAAACCUGAAGAUUUUGCAGUGACAUUGACUCUAAUACAAAGAGGAAGCUUUGUUUGCUGGGCCAUGAAGGGAAGAGGGCACGUGGCGAGACCCGUGGGAAUGAUGACUAGGGCAUAGAGGUCUGCAGAGAAGCCCCCAGGGAAAACUGCCACGUUCAACCGACUUUUCUAAAUGUUUCAGACUCUCAAAUCAUUAGUCCCCAGCUGAUUCCUGCUUUCUUCAGAAAGGACUGCCUGCCAGGUUUUCCACUUAACUGUCUCUCUUUGCCCUUUCUCCUAGGUCUGCUUCGUGAACCUGGAUGUGAACAAGGAUGAGUGCAGCACGGAGCACCUGCAGCAGAAAUUGGUCAAUGUUUCACCAGAUCUCCCAAAACUUAUCAGCUCCAUGAAUGUCCAAAAACCAAAAGAAAAUGAAAUUGUCCUCCUCAGUGGGUUAACAUCUGGAAAUCUCCAGGCAGAUUUUAAAGUAUCACAGUGUCCUUGGCUGCCAGAUAUCUGCCUGGUCCAGUGUGCGAGAGGGAACAGACCGAACAGUACCAAUUGCAUCAUCUUUGAAAUCAACAAGUUUUUGAUUGGGCUGGAACUGGUGCAGGAGCGGCAGCUCCACCUGGAAACAAACAUCUUGAAGGUGGAGGAUGACACGAACUGCUCCCUGUCUUCCAUCGAGGAAGACUUUCUCACGGCCUCUGAACACUUGGAGGAAGAGAGUGAGGUGGAAGAAUACAGGAAUGGUUGUGAGAAUAUAAAUGUCUCCGCCAAUGUUAUGGAAAGUAAAAAGCCAAAGGAAGUCACGCAGGAGGAAUGGAAUUACGAUAAGGAACAGUCCCUUUAUACCUUGGAAAACAAAUACAUCAGCAAGCAUCCUAUGGCAUGGAUUAAGACAGAAGGAUCUCUGGAAAAAGUAGCAGAAGAUACAACUUUGCAAGGUCUAGAUCCAUCAGCUAAACUAUCAGAGUGGAAAGGUGAAGGUGUGAGGAAUCAGGGGACAGCUGCAGAUUAUCAUUAUCCAGAAAAUGUCAAAGAUCCAGCGGAAACACUGCAGGCACUAUAUAUUCCAGACAAUGCUUGUUUCCCCAGGGUGCUUAUGCCAGAUGGGCCUUGUGCCUGUGGCACUGUCAUGGGGCACGGCCACAGCUCCGACCCAGGAGACCAUGAAAGUACAACAAACUCUCUUCUCCCCAUACAGGAUGGAGAAGCCACAACUGGCGAGUAUGCUACAAAUUUAGCCGAAUCCGUGCUGCAGGAUGCAUUUAUUAGAUUAUCUCAGUCCCAGCCUCCACUCCCCCAGGAAUCUGCGGUCAGUGUCCCUGUAGGAAGUGCUCUGCUCCCGAGUGGCUGCUCCACAAAAGAUAUCGUGGUCUCUCCGUCAUGGAGUGACCUCCCCAAAAUUGUCAUUGUUCAGAGUCCAGAUGGCAGCAAUGGAGCCCCUGAGCCAGGCAUCUCUUCGUGCUCCGACAUGGAAGUCUCUCUUGACCCCUCAGGUGUCCCCUCCGGAGACAAUGCCAGCAGACACCCCCAGAGUGCUCUAGAAGUAGCAUUAGCGUGUGCGGCCACCAUGAUUGGAACUAUUUCCAGCCCUCAGGCCACAGAAAGACUGAAAAUGGAGCAAGAAUCCCUUAUUGCAAACCACCCACUGGGAUGCAGCGAACCACUGCAGACUCCAGCAGUGCAAGCACUCAAGGAAGCUCCCAUCAGUGAAUACUCCUUUCCAUCUGCGCUGUGUGGCAUGACUCAGGUGGCCAGUGCCGUUGCCGUCUGCGGCCUGGGGGAAGUGGGAGAGGUGGAGUGCCCUGAGGCUUCGAGUAGAAUCCUGUCUGCCACUGAGUCUUCCGCAGCAAUUCCCCCGCUUUUUAAUCUAGCAGCAGGGAGGGGCGUGGAGCUGGGCAAAGAAGCCAUUGCAGAGGCCUUGUUCAAGGAGGCCGCUCUGGUUUUAACGGGGCCUGACACCCACGGCGGCAUUGGAGACCUCAUGGCAUCAAUGAACCGAAGAAUUAUGGAAGCGGCUUCAAAGCCACAGAGCUCGAGCCCAGAAAAUGUCCUCGGAAAUGAGCUGGCACAGGCCCUAUCCAAUGUUAUCCUGAAGCACUCCAUCGAUGAGGUUCACCAGCAGAAUAAAAUAACUGACCCUGACAAUGGCGGGCACUCGUCUGAAACUCUGGACACUCUCAUGGAAAGUACAAAUCAGCUGCUCUUCAACGUGAUAUGCUCCACGUUCAAGAAGAUGAGCCAUAUUGCACAGCACGGCGAAUGUCCCACUGUUCUUUCCAAGGAGACCCCUGGACGGAGGGAACCCGAACUAGACACCCGGACACCUGAUCGGGCUGCUAGCCAGGCAUGGACAAAAGCCACUGAACACUACAGCAGCCAUCCACUUAUUCAUCCGUGUGGCACUAGUCUGGUCAUCAGUGACCUUGCAGAUGGCAUGCCUCCUCAGCACGCCAGCAACGGCUCGGCAAAGCCGGGCCCCUUCCAGACCCCCAUGCUGCAGCCCGAAUGGACUUGUAGUGCCAGGGUGCCUCGCCCUUCGACUGCUAAAACGUCCCCCAAGGAAACACAUCUGAAAGGAAGCAUAGGAAACGAUGCAAAAGCCCAUCAUCAGACACCGAGUCACAACGUGAAUGAACGCAGAGCCUCUUCAGAAGGAGAAAGGACACCCACAGUCACCAAGUACAACAGCAGUUCCCAGGAUUCUGAGGACGGCUUCAGUCCAAACAUCCAAGAGAAGCACAACUGCGCCUCACCUCUACACAGUGAAGUUCAAGUUCAUCUCUCUUUGUUAGGGAGUGACUUGCCGCUUCCUGCUCAGUCCAUGCUACACACUAAACACACAGACGUAUACUGCAUUACGGACUUUGCCGAAGAAUUAGCAGAGACCAUUGUCUCCAUGGCAACCGAAAUCGCAGCAAUUUGCCUUGACAACUCAAACGGGAAACAACCCUGGUUUUGUGCAUGGAAGAGAGGGAGUGAGGUUCUGGUCACCCCGAACGUACCCUGCCGCUCCGUGAAGAGGAAGAAGGAGAGCCAGGCCGGCGGGGCCUCUGUGCGGAAACACAAGCCGCCGCGGCUCAGCGAGAUCAAGAGGAAAACGGAUGAGCACCCGGAGCUUAAGGAGAAGCUGAUGAACAGGGUCGUGGAUGAGUCGAUGAACCUCGAGGACAUCCCAGACUCUGUCAACGUCUUUGCAAACGAAGUGGCAGCCAAGAUCGUGAACCUGACGGAGUUUUCCCUGGUGGACGGCGUCUGGCAAGCCCAGAGCUUUCCCCGCAAUCGCUUGCACAGCGGAGACCGGUGGAUGCGGCGGAAGGCCUCCAGCUGCGAAAGCAUCGCGGAGGAGGACUCCAGCGCCAGGGCCUAUGCCAGCAGCCUGGGCCUAAUGAGCGCCCUCAGCCAGCCAGGGAGCAGGGCCAGCUCCGUGUCCAAGCAGUCGAGCUGCGAGAGCAUCACCGACGAGUUUUCCAGGUUCAUGGUGAACCAGAUGGAAAAUGAAGGACGGGGAUUUGAGUUACUGCUGGACUACUACGCGGGCAAGAACGCCAGCAGCAUUGUGAACUCGGCCGUGCAGCAGGCGUGCCGGAGGAGCGACCACCUCAGUGUGAGGCCGAGCUGCCCCUCCAAGCAGUCCAGCACGGAGAGCAUAACCGAGGAGUUCUACAGGUACAUGCUGAGGGACCUUGAGAGAGAGAGCAAAGACGGCACCUCCUCCAGGCGAGGCAGCCAGGACUGGGCGGCUGGCUUGUUGUCGCCUUCCCUGAGAUCCCCACUGUGUUACAGGCAGUCGUCCAUGCCGGACGGCAGAGCCCUGGGCCCCAGACUGACCGUGAAUGCGCCACUGAAAGCCAACUCCUUAGAUGGCUUUGCUCAAAACAGCCAGCGAGACUUCCUGAGCGUGCAGCCAUGCAGCGGUGCUUCCUCCACCGGCCUCUGCAAAUCCGACUCCUGCCUGUAUCGCAGGGGCGGGACCGACCACAUCACAACCAUGUUAAUCCAUGAGACGUGGGCGAACUCCAUCGAGGCCCUCAUGCGGAAGAACAAAAUUAUAACGGAUGAUGUCCAAGCCAGUGCUGAGCCCGUGUCUGGUGGCUCUCCCUUGCACGGAGACAAGUGUGCAAACAGAUUGGCUUCGGGCAGAGUGCAAAGUGGGCCGAUUCUUCUUGUCCAAGAGUCUAUCGAUUACCAGAGGAAAGACUCUGUUACCGAAAGCCUCCAUCCCCCGGGGUCCUCUCCAAGCAAAGAUGCCCAUCUUAGCUUAGAUUCUGAAAAGGAGACGUCCUUGUGUCAUGGUGGUGUCCCUAUAAACCACCCCCGGCAAUCACUUCUUUCAAGGGAGGUGCCUUUAAUUCAGAUUGAAAUAGACCAGAGAGAAGAGUGUGUUGGCGAACCUGAACACACGCCGUCCAAAGGCUGCCCCCUCGAAGCAGCAGAGGAGCGCUUGGAGGAAGACAAAACCCCGGAUGUGGGGAGGGGUGGAGACACUGAGAAGAGUGCAGGCCAGAACCGCAGUGACAGCCUUGAUGCCAGAGAUGGACCAGAGGCUGAUGUCCCGACAGAGGGGAGAGCCCCCAGUGAGGUGCCCAACCCUCCCAGCAGCAGUGGGGAGAGCACAGAAAGCUGGUCCCAGCUCGCCAAUGAGGAGGACAACCCAGACGACACAAGUAGCUUCCUGCAGUUCAGUGAGCGAUCCAUGAGCAAUGGCAACAGUAGUGCCACUAGCAGUCUUGGCAUUAUGGACCUGGACAUUUAUCAGGAAAGCAUGCCAUCUUCUCCCAUGAUUAAUGAAUUAGUAGAAGAAAAGGAGAUUCUUAAAGGACAGUCAGAAAAAGGAGAGGAAUGUGUCCCUGGAGCACCGGUGGGAGCAGUCAGCCACCAGGGCAGCCUGCUGGUGAUCAACUUUGACCUGGAGCCAGAGUGUCCUGACGCUGAGCUUCGAGCCACUCUGCAGUGGAUAGCCGCCUCUGAACUUGGGAUCCCUGCCAUCUACUUUAAGAAAUCUCAGGAGAACAGAGUUGAAAAGUUUCUAGAUGUCGUGCGGCUGGUCCACCGGAAGUCCUGGAAAGUGGGGGAUAUCUUCCACGCCGUCGUUCAGUACUGCAAACUGCACGAGGAGCAGAAAGACGGGACCCCGAGUCUCUUCGACUGGCUGCUGGGACUGGGCUAAGGCAGCGGCGCCCUGUACAGAAUUCCUUUCCCCUAUGCCAGCUUAGAUUACACUGACUUGCUCGAAAUGCUCUCACCUUUCUCAAACAUUGCAUCCCAUUAGCAGAGCUACCGGGAAAUCUGUUCGAGGCUACUACCCAUGGAAUAAACCUGAGGAAAAGUAAAAUACAGAUCUGUGCAAAUCAAUACAAUGUAUGGGUGACUUCAAAAGAGUUCGUAUUCGAGUGGCUGGGAAAACGGGAACUUUACUGGGCCUCGAGUUAAAAGCUUAUAACUAGGCCUAAAUUCUAAGGCAGCUGCUAUUGCAUAUUUUUAAUAAUAUAAAAUGUUAUGUGAAUUAUGUGAAUCAGCUGGAAACAAAGUUCUUGGUCACCAUAAUUUUGUAAACUAGGCUAUAACCUUUAUGUUACUUUUUUUAGCAGUCAUUACAGGGCUGUCGGCCCAGAGGAACACUUAAAAUAUGGGUGGGAAAUUUCCAGAACUUUGACAUAAAAAAUGUUUCAUUUUCACACUAAUGUCAGUAGAUAUCAAAAGAAAUGUAAGAGUAUCAUCAAUGUCUUCUAAUGAGGUUUUUUUUAUUUAUUUACUGCAACUUGCUAAAAAUAUUCCACACCUGCCCAGCGAUAUCUGGAUUCCUAACUAACCAGAAAACUAUUGGUGUUCAGCCAAGAAAGAGAAAGAUCAAAGACUGUCUUGUUUCCACCCCUAUAUUAUUAGUUGGCUAACCUGGUUACAGAAUCCUUACCCUAAGGGAAAGCUUUCUACCAAAAGUAAUAAAAUCAAAGAAAGAAAGAAGUCUUUUGAGAUAAAAGCUGCUUUUGUAUAAAAUAUAAACUUUCAUUUUAUUAUUAUUAUUGUAAAUCAUGAAGAGGUUAUCUUAAAUGAUACAUUGAGUUAUUUUAGAGAGUCAUAAAAUAUCUGAAGAGGUUGUUGUCUUAAGUCCCAAAUUGGUACUUGAGCUCAGCGGUUUCAUGGUAGAUGCGUUGGUGCGCACCUGCAUGCAGACCUGCUACAGUCUGAUUGUCAUCAAUCAUUGUCAUCAGACUGACAGAUGGAGGAUUUGACAUAACGAGUUAGUAUCAUAGACUCUUCCUGAUUCAAAGACAUUGGUGUUUAAUUGGGGGAAGAGAACACCUUAUUACAGUUAAGUAUUUUAAUAACAGAGAUUUAGUCUUUUGGAAAAUGAAGGUAUCUAACUUCUCCCUAAUGAGCCUCCUUUCCUUUCAACUAAGUGAGCUAUACUGGCUUUUAUUUCAUUGAUCAAAGGAAGUGUUUAUUGAAGAUUUCCUGGAAUACUAUGCCUUUACACUAUUUUUAAAGACUGUGAAGUAAUUUGAAAUGGGAGCAAGGCCUCACACAGCCAUGCUGGCCUUAGGCAUCACCCAUAUCUUGAAACGUCAGGAAAGCUGCCUCAUAAGCCACAUUUCCCUUCCCACCACCCACCCCAGGAAUCCUUCCCAGUGCUCAUUAGGCAUUUGCUACAUAAAUAGUCCAAAUUUAGGUUAUUCACGCAAUCUGACACAUUAAUCAAAUGUUCAAUUUUAAAAUGUAUCCACCAUCUCAAGCUGAAAAUCCUUUGUGCUAUUAAAUGAAAAAGGAUCUAUUUAUUUUUUACACAAUCUCAGAAUACCAUGUGUACUUUUGCUGUGCUUUCAUGAAUGUUUACUUACCCUACAAAGCACAAAUAUUGGAUUGUAACCCUGUGGUGAAGCUGUAUAUGUUGUACUUAAUGUUGCAAACUAACAAAUAAACUUUUGUUGCCAAAUC